GCCUAGGCCCUCUCUAGCUCUCUGCCAGUGCGCGAACUCAGCUGUGAGGCAUUCUGCGUUCUUCCCGUUGGCGACCACCUCCGCAUCCUCCGGCCGUGUGCCGACCAGGAAGUAUGCCCAUCAUACCUGAAGAUCGUUACUGGUAGGUACCACAUGUGCGGGCGUGAGGGAUGGACCUGGCCCUUAGCGCGGCACAGUGGGUGGUUGGCAAGGCGCUUGCCCCCGUUGCGGAUGGCUUGCUACAGGCGUGGGCUGCCAGUAACAAGCUCGGCCCCAACAUGGAUGCCCUACGAAUGGAGCUGUUGCUCGGGAAGGCCACGCUGGAAAAUGCAGGCGACAAGGAGCUCGAUGGCCACGAAGCUUUGGAGGAGCUACUGCAGAAGAUGCGGGACUUGGCUCAUAAUGCCGAGGACGUACUUGACGAGCUGGACUAUUUCCGCAUCCGCGAUGAGCUCUACGGCACCUGUGAUGCUGCCAACGAGAACGCCAGAGGUUGUGGCCACAAUCUCCUCCUGAAUGCACGCCACACCGCCAAAGCUGUUGGCAAGCUGCUUUCCUGUACAUCUGCUGCAACCUCUGGUGAUCACGUAGAAGAAGAAGCAACACGAGGAGUCCUGUGCUGCACUCCGCCUUGUGCCAGGCAUAGGACACGCGGCAAUUCCUCCUCAGCGCCAGACACUAGUCUAACUGGUGGGGAGGUCGGCGGCCGCAUGAGCAAGCUCGGUAAAUUCUUGCCUUGCUCUUCCUUUCCAAAUGUUCAUGAUGAUGAUAAUCCCGGCAAUUCAAUCCUUCGUGGCAUCCACACACGUACGACACCACAGAACAAUCCUGCUGAAGAAACUACAAACUUAAGAUUUCAUAGGGUGGAUGUCUCUAACAGAAUGAAGCAAAUUGUAGAGCAGCUGCGACCCAUGCGUCAAGAGGUUACCACCAUCCUGCGGGAUUGUGGGCGUAGAAUUGCUCCAGACCCUGCCCAUAAUCGUCCCAACCUAACCUCACAAAGUCUAGAGCCAAAAUUGCAUGGGAGAGAUCAUACGCUGAAUAGCAUCGUACACGACAUUACUGAGGGUAAAUAUUGUGAGAAUGACCUGACUGUGCUUCCGAUUGUUGGUCCUGGAGGCAUAGGAAAGACAACUCUUACACAAUACAUACAUAAUUCGAAAGAAGUGCAGAACCAUUUGAGGUAGUGGUUUGGACAUGUGUAUCUCUUAAUUUCGACCCAAAUUAGUUGUUAGAAGAGAUUAAAGGGAAAAUCCCUAGAGUUGAAGGGGAAAAGGAGGGUGGAGUAGAGAACGUGAUUGAACAAAGACUAAAAUCUAAAAGGUUUCUA